AUCAACUGUCCCCAAUUGUUUAGGAGGAUUCGUUUUAAAACGUGAAAAACAAAUCAAGGAUUCUAUUCUACUCUACAAAUUGUAGUCAAUUCUGAAAAAAGGCCCAAAAUUGAAUCCAAUUUCCAAAGUUAUUGCGCAAAUUAAAGAGAGGCAGAAAGCGUUACUCCCACGCGAACAGCCGCAUUUUCCGGCACCACCCAACAAUCCACCUUACGCUAAACACAAGCAUUCCCAUUCUCAUUUUCAUUCUCUCUCCUCCUUCAUUCUUUGUUUGAAUUAAUCUGAGGAGAGGGAAAACUUUCAUACCCUUUUCUCAUUUUAACUUCAGGGAGUAAGGCCUUUGACCGUGUUAAAACUUCUUCAUAUACUUGGGGUUUGUUUAUAUAAAAGGUCGGGCUGUCAAUAUUGUUGACAGCCCGAUUUUAUUGAAGUCAGUCAAAAAGUCCAGGUGAUCUCACUUUCUCUGGCUCUUAUUCGUGGGUCGCUCUGUUUAGUGAUCUGUGUGAGUUUCUAAGAAAUAGAGCUUGAUAUUGUUUUAUGAGAGUUUUUGAACUUGCUGUGCAUCAUGGGUACCUUGUCUGGAAGCUUUCAACGACCUCUAUUCACAGCUGCUGCUGUUGCCGUGGCAUCUGUUUCAACUGAUCUUCCGAACAAGUUAACAGAUACCAAACAAUCUGAUCCUUCUGUUGCCUCAGAAACAUUGGCUUCACCAUCUCCCUGUGACUCAGCUCCAAGUUCAGGAUUGUCAUGGGUGUCUAACAUUUCAGUUUCCAAACUUGCAAGGUUGUCGUUUGUGACCAGAAUCCGGGUGCCAGUGCCUAAUAUUAACUAUCAUCCAAUACCAAACUCAAGCUGCAGUUUUGCUGGAAAUUCAGUAGGGUUAUCUCCCAUUUUGGUUAACCUUUACCAGUCUGCUGAGUUAGCCAAGGCCUCAAAACCCAAAACAUAUUCUUAUCCUAGUCCAAGCGUGCCAUCCUCAGACUUGUACAGGUGGCAUUUGCCUGAGCCUACUACUGUUGAUGUUGCUGGCAAGUCAGAUUGCUCUUCUGCUAAAUCUAGGACAGUGGUUGUUUUGUUGGGAUGGCUGGGAGCAAAGCAGAAGCAUUUGAGUAAAUAUGCAGAAUGGUAUACUUCAAAGGGCUUUCAUGUAAUCACCUUCACUUUUCCAAUGUCUGAGGUUCUCAGCUACCAGGUUGGUGGGAAAGCUGAGCAGGAUGUUGAGUUGCUUGUAAACCAUCUUGCUGACUGGCUAGAAGAGGAGCAUGGCAAGAACCUUGUUUUCCACACCUUCAGUAACACGGGUUGGUUAACAUACGGAGUUGCUCUAGAGAAGUUUCAUAAGCAGGACCCUUCUUUAAUAGGAAGAAUUAAAGGCUGUAUUGUGGAUUCAGCUCCAGUUGCAUCCCCAGAUCCUCAGGUAUGGGCUUCAGGUUUCUCUGCUGCUUUUUUGAAAAAGCAAAGUGUCGCAACAAAGGGGAGAACAGCCUCAUGUGAUUCGGACGAAGAGGAAUCUGUUGUUGCAAGAAGUGUUAAUGAGCUAAAACCUGCGGUGACUGAAACAGCUUUACUGGUACUCUUGGAGAAGUUCUUUGAAGUUGUAUUAAACCUUCCUCCUGUGAACAGGAGACUGACAGAUGUCAUGGGUUUGUUGUCGUCUAAGCAGCCGAGCUGUCCGCAGCUAUACAUAUACAGCUCUUCAGACAGGGUUAUUCCUGCAAGUUCUGUGGAAUCAUUUAUAGAGCAGCAGCGGAAAUCUGGGCAUGAGGUUAGAUCGUGCAACUUCAUCUCUACGCCUCAUGUAGAUCAUUUCCGGAAUGAACCACAAUUGUAUACAUCUCAGCUAACCAAAUUUUUGGAAGAUUGUGUACUUAAAUGUUGCAAAGGAUCUUUUAGAACAGACACCAUUGAUUCUUUAUACAAACCUAUUCAAGGUUACAUGUGAUAGAUAGGAUGAUUUUUAACUGAUGAUUUAAAGAACAAGGGUAGUAAGAUUUGCCCUAAAGCCUCUUGUAACAAGUUACACAAUUGUACAAAGCAUUAAAAGUUUCAGCCUCUAGUCGAUGUUUUCCUGCAGCUACCGUUUGUUGCAUGCUGUAUAUCACCUCUACUUUACUGCUUUUCUGAUCAUCCUACAAAUGCAGAAUUGGUCUUAGUUUUAUAUAGUUUGUGCUCUUUGGUGCUAUAGUAUUGUCACCUGUUUGGUCACAGAGGACAACAAUCCUUUCUUUAAUCAGCCAUUCUUUACUGGUUAUUGCAUUCACCUAGUCUUCGUCGAAACUUGUAGCGUAAAACAGAAUUUCAACAUCAAAGACUACUUAAUCAAGAAUAGGAGUGCAUCUUGCCUCACCUCUUAUGGUCCAAAGCUCCAAGUGAAUCCGAAAUAGGCCAUGGUCAGGUACAGCUGAAUAGGCUUACAACCUUUUAAAUAGGUGACUUGCAACUCAAAAUAGCUAUACGCUAAUAGUAGCGAAUGUCUUGUGUCUUAGAUACUCGCCAAAAAAAAAAAA